CACCAGCCCCAGACAGCCUGCAGCCCAGCGAGAAGCAGCACGAACGGCAGCAGUUCGGCCGCCGACCCGGAAGCUCUUCUGGCGCCAACCGCGAGGCCGCUAGGGGUGUGAACCCGGAAGCGAUUUCCUCGCCCCGGUAGCAGCGGGAUGGAAAUCUAAGGCCUUUGAAGACCUGGAAUCCCCUAGUUUCGGGAGAGGGUGAGGGGUGUAUGGUGCUGAGGUGCGAGAAGAAGGACAGUAAAGAGGCGGUGGACAAGAGGUUCUGCAAGGCCAGAGACCUGAGCUCUCUAGGCGCGGGGUGGGGAGCGCGGCCGAACACACCGGGCGGCUUCUGGUGGCAACCGUGGGUUUUUCUGUCACAGGAAGUUGGGCCCGGCCGCUGGGAAGGAGAAGGGAAGGAGGAAUGAGAAAGCGAUGACGGUCCCCCGCCCCCCAGGUGACUGUCCCACCCAGUGAGUUGAAUGUAGCGGCCCGGGAGGCGCUCGGCCGCCCGCACGGGUGAGACCGCUCGGUUUUCUUGGGGGAAACGAGGAGGAACAAGAUCCAUACUGCAGCGAGAGAAAACGAGAGGAGGCAUCCCUACAUUUCCUAAUUUGUGAGGUUUUAUCUUGAAGCCAUUGUUAAUCUGAAGUAAAAAGUAAUUUCUAAAUAGAAAUUCUGAGAAGAAAAAGGCCUCAUCCUUUUCACGUAGGAAGCUCUGUUGCAUGAGCAAUGGGAAAUCCAGAAAACAUAGAAGAUGCAUACGUUGCUGUUAUUCGUCCAAAGAAUACUGCCAGUCUCAAUUCUCGGGAAUACAGAGCUAAGUCAUAUGAAAUUUUGUUGCAUGAAGUUCCCAUUGAAGGACAGAAAAAAAAGAGAAAGAAAGUUUUGUUGGAAACUAAACUUCAAGGCAACAGUGAAAUAACACAAGGCAUAUUGGAUUAUGUAGUGGAAACCACCAAACCAAUUUCUCCUGCAAACCAGGGUAUCAGAGGAAAACGAGUGGUACUAAUGAAGAAAUUUCCUCUGGAUGGGGAGAAGAUGGGCAGAGAAGCAGCAUUAUUUAUUGUUCCAUCAGUUGUCAAAGAUAAUACUAAAUAUACAUAUACUCCAGGAUGCCCAAUUUUUUACUGCUUACAAGAUAUUAUGCGAGUCUGUAGUGAAUCCAGCACUCACUUUGCUACGCUUACAGCAAGGAUGUUAAUAGCCUUGGAUAAGUGGUUAGAUGAACGUCAUGCACAAUCUCACUUUAUUCCAGCUUUAUUCCGACCUUCUCCUCUUGAGCGGAUAAAAACUAAUGUCAUAAACCCUGCAUAUGCUACUGAAUCAGGUCAGACAGAAAACUCACUACAUAUGGGCUAUAGUGCACUAGAAAUAAAGAGUAAAAUGUUAGCCCUAGAGAAAGCAGAUACCUGUAUUUACAACCCUUUGUUUGGAUCAGAUCUUCAGUAUACAAACCGGGUAGAUAAAGUGGUAAUAAAUCCAUACUUUGGUCUAGGAGCUCCAGACUAUUCAAAAAUCCAAAUUCCCAAACAGGAAAAAUGGCAGAGAAGCAUGAGCAGUGUCACAGAAGACAAGGAACGACAGUGGGUGGAUGAUUUUCCUCUCCAUCGAAGUGCCUGUGAAGGAGAUUCAGAAUUACUAAGCCGUCUUCUCAAUGAAAGAUUUUCAGUCAACCAAUUAGAUAGUGACCACUGGGCACCCAUUCAUUAUGCAUGCUGGUAUGGGAAAGUUGAGGCCACUCGCAUAUUAUUAGAGAAAGGGAAGUGCAAUCCAAACCUUUUAAAUGGGCAGCUUAGUUCUCCUCUUCAUUUUGCUGCUGGAGGAGGACAUGCUGAAAUAGUACAGAUUCUCCUAAACCAUCCAGAAGUUGACAGACACAUAACAGACCAACAAGGAAGAUCCCCUUUAAAUAUUUGUGAAGAAAACAAACAAAAUAAUUGGGAAGAAGCUGCAAAAUUGUUGAAGGAAGCCAUUAACAAACCAUAUGAAAAAGUUCGAAUAUACAGAAUGGAUGGAUCAUACCGUUCUGUUGAACUGAAACAUGGAAAUAAUACAACAGUGCAGCAGAUAAUGGAAGGAAUGCGUCUCUCUCAAGAAACACAGCAAUAUUUCACUAUUUGGAUCUGUUCAGAAAACCUCAGCCUCCAACUCAAGCCUUAUCAUAAACCCUUGCAACAUGUUCGUGACUGGCCAGAAAUACUUGCUGAAUUGACUAAUUUGGAUCCCCAAAGGGAAACACCACAGCUUUUCCUAAGAAGAGAUGUGAGACUUCCUUUGGAAGUUGAAAAAAAGAUUGAAGACCCACUAGCUAUUCUUAUUCUCUUUGAUGAAGCCAGAUAUAAUUUAUUGAAGGGCUUUUAUACAGCUCCUGAUGCCAAACUAAUAACAUUGGCAAGUCUACUGUUGCAAAUAGUUUAUGGAAAUUAUGAGAGUAAGAAACACAAGCAAGGUUUCCUAAAUGAAGAAAAUCUAAAAUCUAUUGUACCUAUUACCAAAUUGAAAAGUAAGGCACCUCACUGGACAAACCGAAUACUUCAUGAAUACAAGAAUCUUAGUACAAGUGAAGGUGUCAGUAAAGAAAUGCAUCACCUUCAGCGCAUGUUCUUACAGAAUUGUUGGGAAAUUCCUACAUAUGGAGCAGCUUUUUUCACAGGACAGAUAUUUACAAAGGCAAGCCCCAGCAAUCAUAAAGUCAUCCCUGUGUAUGUAGGAGUGAAUAUAAAAGGACUUCAUCUCCUCAACAUGGAAACGAAGGCUCUACUCAUCAGCCUUAAGUAUGGUUGUUUUAUGUGGCAAUUGGGAGAUGCUGAUACAUGCUUUCAGAUCCAUAGUAUGGAAAAUAAAAUGAGCUUUAUAGUACACACAAAACAGGCUGGCCUCGUGAUAAAACUGUUAAUGAAGCUAAAUGGACAAUUAAUGCCUACUGAAAGAAAUUCGUGAGCGGAAAGCAGCUGAUCCUUAAGCCACCACAGUUUGUGAUGCAGAUUUUUUCCAUGAAAGAUUUCUUAAACUAUUACAUUUAACAAGGCAUUUAGUCUCUUGUAAUAUAUAUGUAUAUUAUUACAUUGUACAGAAUCUGUACUUAUGUUUGGUGUGUAAUAUACCAAUUAGUUUUAUAUAAUAUUCUCAUAAGCUAUUCUAAUUUUUCAGAGAAACACACAAAAAGGUGUAGAUUGAUAGUCUGUAUAAUAUUAGACAAAAUAGUAAGCUUUAUAAAAAAUUAUUUUUGGUAAAUGGUAAAGAUUUUAGAGUGGAAUGUGAUGAAAUAAAAAUAUAGCUUUGCUAUGGCUUUGUGUGUCAUUUCAAAAUAUACUGAAAGUCAACAUGAUUUGAAUAAAGAAAAUAUAU